CCACGGGGAGGAGAGGAGACGAAGCAGCAGCCCAAAAAGAAAAAGAGGAAAAAAAAACCACAGGGAUAGAGAGAGAGAGACGUAUAGCCGCCGCUUCGUGCGCGUCGACGUCACCUCGCCGCCGGGCGGGGGGGCCCAUCUCGCCGCGGGUCUCGGGGGACUGGCCUGGGCGUGCGCCGGGCGGAUCAGGAGGCGCGAGGGGGAUGGCCGGGAAGAAGCGCAAGGCGGAGGCGGCGCGCCUGGAGGAGACGGACCGCGCGCUCUACGGGGCCUUCCGGGGCGCCGCCAACUCGCUCUCGCAGCUCUACACGCUCGCCAUGGGCGCGCAGAAGGCCUCCUUCCACGCCGGCGAGCGCCACGCCAUGGAGAAGCUUUAUGAAUGGAUCUUGAGGCAGCACGAAAACGGUUUGAGGCUGACAGUUGCUGAUAUAGCCUCCCACAUCCAGCAUGAGAUUCAGUACGGAGGCGACAACGCUUCAGCCUCUCCAAGGUCACAAUAUCCUAGCCAAAUCACUGCACCUACAGUGCACAUCCCCAACGCAAGCAACCAGCAACCGUCCCCAAGCUCAUUCGCCCCAGGAAACCCUGGGUUGGCACAGUCCAAGAACUCCAUGGUCUUUUCGAACGCGUUAUCCAGCCCCAUCCGGUGGAGCCUGCAGCCAUACCACCUAGAACAAGGCGGAGACGCAGGGUACUUUGCGAACGGUGCAAGCCGCGACGCCAACCCCACGGCCUCAAACGACUCGUCCAUGGACAUGCACUCAGACAGCCCCGCUCACGACUCGUACUGAAUGAGCAGCUCGCUCCCGUCCAUGAAAAGCUGGAAGAAUAGCACUUCCAGCGGAAGAAGCCCGCCUUCACAGGCCAAGUAGGUCUAUUCAAUUUAACACCUUGCCUAGCCUCUUACACUAAGCGUGUGAUGUCUUGUGUUGCUGUUACUGCUACAACUACUACUGCUUACCACCUGUUGCUUUGCCAGGGUACCUGUAAUUUGCAUGUAUUAUACUGUACCAUUUGAUUUAUCUGUGCAUAUUACUUACUGCUGUUGGUA